GUGAGGACUGCGCGGCCGAGCAGCGCGGCGCCCAGAGUGCGGGCCGCCCGCCGAGCCCCAGCCGAGCCCCAGCCGAGCCCCGGCCAAGCCGAGCCCCAGCCGAGCCGAGCCGGGCCCGGAGCGCCCGGUCCCAGCGCCCGCAGCCAUGCCGGCCGGCCGCGCCGCGCGCACCUGUGCGCUGCUCGCCCUCUGCCUCCUGGGCAGCGGGGCCCAGGAUUUCGGGCCGACGCGCUUCAUCUGCACCUCGGUACCCGUGGACGCCGACAUGUGCGCCGCGUCCGUGGCCGCCGGCGGCGCCGAGGAGCUCCGGAGCAACGUGCUGCAGCUCCGCGAGACCGUGCUGCAGCAGAAGGAGACCAUCCUGAGCCAGAAGGAGACCAUCCGCGAGCUGACCACCAAGCUGGGCCGCUGCGAGAGCCAGAGCACGCUGGACGCGGGCGCCGGCGAGGCCCGGACGGGCGGCGGCCGCAAGCAGCCCGGCUCCGGCAAGAACACCAUGGGCGACCUGUCCCGGACGCCGGCCGCCGAGACGCUCAGCCAACUCGGGCAAACUUUGCAGUCGCUCAAAACCCGCCUGGAGAACCUUGAGCAGUACAGCCGGCUCAAUUCCUCCAGCCAGACCAACAGCCUCAAGGAUCUGCUGCAGAGCAAGAUCGAUGACCUGGAGAGGCAGGUGCUGUCUCGGGUGAACACUCUGGAGGAAGGCAAGGGGGGCCCCAAGAACGACACCGAGGAGAGGGUCAAGAUCGAGAGCGCCCUGACCUCCCUACACCAGCGGAUCAGCGAGCUGGAGAAAGGUCAGAAAGACAACCGCCCUGGAGACAAGUUCCAGCUCACAUUCCCGUUACGGACCAACUACAUGUACGCCAAGGUGAAGAAGAGCCUGCCGGAGAUGUAUGCCUUCACCGUGUGCAUGUGGCUCAAGUCCAGCGCUGCGCCGGGGGUGGGCACGCCCUUCUCCUAUGCUGUGCCCGGCCAGGCCAACGAACUGGUCCUCAUCGAGUGGGGCAACAACCCCAUGGAGAUCCUCAUCAACGACAAGGUGGCCAAACUGCCCUUUGUCAUCAAUGAUGGGAAGUGGCACCACAUCUGUAUCACCUGGACCACCCGGGAUGGGGUCUGGGAAGCCUACCAGGAUGGCACCCAAGGUGGCAAUGGCGAGAACCUGGCACCCUAUCAUCCCAUCAAGCCACAAGGCGUGCUGGUGCUGGGCCAGGAGCAGGACACUCUGGGUGGUGGAUUUGAUGCCACUCAAGCAUUCGUGGGUGAGCUCGCCCAUUUCAACAUCUGGGACCGCAAGCUGACACCUGGGGAGGUCUACAACCUGGCCACCUGCAGCACCAAGGCCCUUUCUGGCAACGUCAUCGCCUGGUCUGAGUCCCACAUUGAGAUCUACGGCGGAGCCACCAAGUGGACAUUCGAAGCCUGUCGCCAGAUCAACUGAGGCUCCAGGCCUGGCUGAGCCUCCCGGCCGUCAGCCCCCGGCCCCCGCCCACCUCCCCCUGCUUGUGCAGUGAUGAUCGUCGUCUCUUCUCUCCCUUUCCCCAGGAAUGACUCAAGGCCGUCGCCCUCGCACACGUGCACACGCACACGCAUACGCACACAGCCUGGUUUUGUCCUCAUGCACAGAAGCAGGCCCGGCUCCCAUCUGUCCCUGAGGAGGUCCCACUUCUCACUAGGAGCCCCAUGCUGCUUCUCAGGCAUGGCCCGUCACCGCUAAUGCAGGCGGCUGCAACAUUUUGAACAAUGCAGAAGUAGGUGAGAGGACUUGUGUGUGUGUGUGUGUGUGUGUGUGUGUGUGUGUGUGUGUCUCUGAGUGUGUGUCUCAGGGGGAGGCCUUUUCUUUUAGGAUGAGGUAUUUCAUUUCCUUCUUUCUUUGUGGCUUUGGGAAAUCUCACGACUGGUCGAAUAUCUGUAUCUGCCAACUUUGUUAGCUGCCUGUGUGCCUUGGGGCUGGUGCAACUUCUUCAGCAACGCAUUUGUCUUUGUUUGCAAACCUUUUCCAGAGUGACAUGUCUCUGCUACGGUCAUGCGUCUCUUAAUGACGGCGAUAUGUGCUGAGAUGCGCCAUUAGGCAAUAUCGUCGUCGUGUGAACAUCAUAGUGUGCACUUACACAAACCUAGAUGGUAUAGCCUAUGACACACCUAGGCUCUAUGGUACUAAUCUUAUGGGACCAUCGUUGUAUAUGCUGUUUGUCGUUGACUGAAACGUCAUUAUGUGGCGCAUGACUGUGUUGAUAAAAUAAAUGCUUUUUAGCAGUUUGUUCAAGGCUGGGCAAACCUCUCCACAGAGAAUUUCUAUUUUGUAAUAGAAGUGAAUUCUCUCUGACCAGUCGAAGGCAGACAGUGUCCUGGGAUGGCACCAUGUGCUCAGAGGGGGCAGAGGAGGUGGGGCUGGCCUCAGGACAGGGCAAUUCCCCCAUCCCCUGCCUGUGCCCAGCCAGGGGCAUCUGAGGGCAGCACUGGACCCCAGAGGCUGGCCUGAAUGCCCAGCUUGGCUGGCUCUGGCCCAGGAUCUCGUCUCUGCCCCUCAGCCUCCCACCUCCUCGCACCUCUCCUCCCUUUCAGUCUCUGACUGGUCCUGCCACCACACCAGUGCCCCUGUGAAAGGAGCAUCACACUCACAGCCUAGGAAGCCCAGACCCCAGGUCCCUCUCCUUUUGCCUCUGGCAGUGGGAGACCAGAGGCUUCAGUGGGUCGGCUCAAGAGAGGAGAUUUUAGACAAGGAAGCCCAUACUCUGAUUAAGACCUAUCCACACAGGGCCAGUGAGACUUGCACCUGACCAGUUGAUGGGAAGGUCCGUGCUAAUUCUGACAGCCAUAUUCUCCCACACACCUGGGCCAGGUGAGUUGGCUCAGCAAGUCCUCCCAGGGGCCAGGGCCUUUGGAGACCCCUCAUGUGGAGCUGGGCAUGGCCAGGCUGGGCCUGAAAGCCACUCCCCCAUCUGACAGGGCUCCUGUCCUGCAGCAGCCCCAGCCUGUCACCAGCUGGUGACACUGAGACCUGACCAGUGUCCUGAAGCUUUGACGUUUUUUUUCUUCAUGUAAAGUAACCAUGUACAUUCCCUUCUAGUCCUUCUGAGGCGGGGAGAAAAGUGUGUGUGUGUGUGUGUGUACGUGUGUGUAUCUGUGUGUGUGCAUGUGUGCUGAGUGAGAGAGAGGAGGCGUGCUGAGACGGAUCAUACCCAGAGGAGGGGGAUCUCCCUCUUUGUCGCACCAUCUGGGGGUCGAAAGCCCUGAGGGCACCCUGGGCUUUGUCACCAGGAGUCUAAUUAGCAAAAGGCUGACGAGUCUUUCUAGAAAUUCCACUGCACUGCCUGACUCAUCUACAGCUGCAGACAUUUCUUCAGGAGAAGCAGGUGCUUCCAUCUUCUGUUCCUUCCAGGGGCACCUGUCUCCUUAAACGCAGGUCCAUGUUGUAUUGGAAACCUAGUGCAUCUGUGUGUGUCUGUGUUGGUGUCUGUGUCGGUGUCCAUGUGGGUGUCUGCACGGUACCCAGUCGCCGUUCUGCAAUGCCUCCCUCUCGUUCAGAGGGUGUGGUCCAGGCGCCGCGCUGUGUGUUGUGGUUCAACAGUGGCUUUUUCUGAGACCAUUGUGCUUUGUCAGAGCCCGUCGGGUUGUGGCAUCUUUGGAUCUGCAGGAAUCUUCUCUGUUUGCAUGUUCCUUGGGGUGGCGUGUCCCUUGCUCCCUCAGUUCGAUGUGUGUUCCCCUGCCUGCAUGGACUUCUCUGGUUCUGUGUUGUGUGCCAAGUGCCACUCAUUGUUCUGUGACUAUGUAGCCACUGAAAAUGGCUGGGAAAACAAGUGUCGGAGGAGGUCAAGAGAGAGAGAUCAAUUUCCCUCUCCCCCUCCCCACUCCCUAAACACACCAAGAAGUAUUUUUAACGUGUAGGUUGAGAACAAGCCUAAACAACACCCAUGAUUGGGAGAGAGCGAGAGCUUGGAGUCACCCCUCCACACCAGAUCGGCCCCACCCCUCACUUCAGCCAUCUUGGAGCUGUUGCGUAGGCAAGGCCCACAGCGUGCUAGGUGCUCUCCUGUCAGCACCUCCCACCAGCCCCUGCCGACCUACCGGACCCCAGACCACCUUCUGCCCAGCGCGGGCGCGGUGGGAGCUGUCCGUUCAGGACCACAAGCCAUCCUCUGCCCUGACUAGAGAUGGGCAGAGCAUAUCCCAGAUGCUUAUGCCUGUGUCCCUUCCGCCUCCCGACCCAUUCACCUUCCUCACUCCCUCCCCUGAUGCACCCAUGUGCCAGGGGCAGAAGCUGACAUUUAGCUCCCCCCUCUGCCCCUAACUGGAGCCUGUGCCAAGCCCCUCGACUCCCUCACUGUGUUAACACUUGGCACUUUGCUGGCCCCGAGAAAGGUAGAUGACACAGCCACAAAUCGAAUCCACAUAGUUUCCAUCUUCUCCUUAAUCUGAUUGAUGUUCCCUCUUGCACUGAAUAAUACAUGCCUAUCUCAGGUAAGCCAUUUUAUAAAACAAGAAGAUAAAAAAGCGCUGUCUCGACAGUGUUUGCUUUGCCGAGCUGGUGUCCCACAGCUCCCUGGGCGUCUUGAGGUGGGAGAGCUGCCGACAGGCUCUCCGGGCCCUCGGGGGCUUAGAUCCCACUUGAAUUGUAAGCCUUCUUGCUUUUGAUAACACAGUAUUAUUUCUCUUACUGUAGAAGAAAAAGUUUAUUACCAAACAAGAGUAUUUUUAUGAAAGAAAAGGACAAACCUAUAAAUUAACUCAACCUAUAUCUCCCUUGAAAAUACUUUCAGGCUCCACCAAAACAUAGGACUCAAAGCUUGUAUUUUGGAAGAAAGAGACACAUUUUGUAUGCUUUCUUUUCCUUUUGUAGAUUCCCAGUUUGUUUUCUAAGACUGCAAAGAUCACUUUGUCACCAGCCCUGGGACCUGAGACCAAGGGGGUGUCUUGUGGGCAGUGAAGGGGAGGGGAGAGGCUGGCAUGAGGUUCCCAGUCAUUCCAAUGAGCUCCAAAGAGGGGCCACCUGUUCUCAAAGGCGUAUUGGGGACCAGGAUGUAAGCUUGGUCAUUGGCGGUGGACCUUUUGUCUCGGAGCUGACUUGUUAAGUGGAACGCGUUGAGGACUUGAUUAUCAGUUCCAACUCUGGUAGAAGAAACUAGGGUUACGUAUUAUUAACAUUAAGAGAAUAGAAUCCUUUGUAAUCUUAUGGCAACCAAAAUGUGGCUUGAAGCAGCCAUGGUUUCAUCUCUUAAAACACAAUGUAUAAAUUUAUUCAACGAAUGACAGGAAAUGUAUUGCUUCCCUGCACAGGGGACUGAAGUGCAAUUUGCUGAAGGGGAACAAGUCAUUGAGGAGAAACAAAGCCCAAUACUUCAAGUCCCAAUUUUGUCUUAUUUGCCAAAAGAAAAGAAAAGAGAAAAACACAACAACCACAAACCAACCCCCCUAUGGUUGAUAUUGUUAUAAUGUAUAUACUGUAUAAUAUGAAAGAAAAUCGACGUAUCUUACUUUUUCAUUAUUUGCUAACCAAAGCUGUACAUUUUUCAUAUGAUCUGCAGCCUUUUGGGUAUCAAAUGGGUCAAAACCAUGGGACCUGCCACCUCCCAUCAGCAAUUCUGGAAAUGCACUAUUUCUACUGGUAUUCUUGCUUUCUUUUUUUUUAAUUUUCAUUUUCUUGCUGAAACAACAUGAAUUGUUGAGUUUAUUUUUACACAGUAAAGAGUGAAGAAAGACUA